CAUCUUCUGUUUCCCAAACCACACUUAAGGUUGUAUCUAUAUUUAGCAAAAGGCCUUCAGUAGUAUAUAAGCCCCCUUGGAACAGGUCACUAUGCGGCAUCACACCAUCUUCGCUUCUUGAGCUUCUUAGACUUCACGUAUACCGUCUUAACAUGGCACCCAAGAAGGCCAAGAGGAGGGCAGGAGGAGGAGAGGGUUCCUCCAAUGUUUUCUCCAUGUUUGAGCAGAGCCAAAUUCAGGAGUACAAGGAGGCUUUCACAAUCAUUGACCAGAACAGAGACGGUAUCAUCAGCAAAGACGACCUUAGGGACGUGUUGGCCUCAAUGGGCCAGCUGAAUGUGAAGAAUGAGGAGUUGGAGGCCAUGAUCAAGGAGGCCAGCGGCCCAAUCAACUUCACCGUUUUCCUCACCAUGUUCGGAGAGAAGCUGAAGGGUGCUGACCCCGAGGACGUCAUCGUGUCUGCCUUCAAGGUGCUCGACCCCGAGGGCACUGGCACCAUCAAGAAGCAAUUCCUUGAGGAGCUUCUGACCACUCAGUGCGACAGGUUCUCAGCAGAGGAGAUGAAGAAUCUGUGGGCCGCCUUCCCCCCAGAUGUGGCUGGCAAUGUUGACUACAAGAACAUCUGCUACGUCAUCACACACGGAGAGGAGAAAGAGGAGUAAAAGACGAUCAGGAAAAUGAAGAGAUGAAAGUGCAUCCCUCGCUGCUUUACUCUCCCAAUCUGUUCUUUGUCCUCCUUCUCUCACUUUGUGUUUCUUCCUCUUCUUCCUUUCCAUCAUCUUUGUUGCUCUCAAGCACUUACGCUCUCUAUCUCUCCCAAUUUUGCUCUCAUUCAAAAACAAAGACUUGUCUCGCUGAGAAUCAUUUGGGAGGGUGGAGAAGUUCAUGACCACAGAGUCUGUCAGUGGGGACAUGGUAUUGUUAUCAAUAAAAUGAUCUUUAUCGUUUCAACAUCCA